CAAACACUGGUGCUAAAUCUGUCCCCACUGUUCCAAGGUCUACAUAACUAUGGUUAGGUAGCCCAGCUCCUGUGGAUAAGGAGACAUAAGGGAAAGUCUGACAGUCAACCUCCAGACUACAGAGAGAAUCAAACGCAAGCACAAAAUCUCGAAUCCAUCGCGCAACAAAUAGAAUAACGGUGGUAUUCUCGUGUUAUAGAGUGAAUGCUUCCGGUGAAAAUUUGCUGCUUUAUUUAGCGCAUGCGCACGCACAGGGUCAACGUUCCCACGCGCACACGCGCGGAAAAAAAAAGCUUACGCCUGCAAAUUUGGGGAGAGGCGCAUUGUCAUGGAGUUUCAGAUCCCUUUAUCCCGCGAGGACCUUCUCCGGCCGUCGGGAGGCUCCCAGUUCUUUGUACCAGAGCCUCUCCCAGCCAGAGAGAUUGUGUCUCGACUUGAAGAAUGCAGGUCACUGCUGGACUCUAGUGUAAUUGCCUCCAUUCCCGAGUGUUUCCCUGUCUUCUUCAGUCUUCUACAGAAUUUCCUGAGUGUGGGUGUGUCAGUGAGAGAGAGUUACUGGAGGAUUGGGGUCAGGGGGCUGGAGGGGGUGUGUCACCAAGUGGGCGGGGCUAAUUUCACCGGUAUGACACAGACGAAGAAGGCGGAACUGAGGAAUGCACUGAAGAUGAUGGUGUAUGUGGUAGUACAGUUGGUUGAAGAGUUUGAAACUGAUGCCACCAAACCUGAUUCCCUGGACAUCGUCACCAACAAGGUACAGAAUCAUCUUUCUGUGAUGAUGUAUUACAUCAGGACAGAGGGGCUGGGCUCGGCAGGGUCCAGGUUCAGUACCAGACUCUGGGAAUGAGACCAGACCAUCAGGUUGUCAGGUGGUGGACGUGGAAUUCUGUUCCUCCAUUCCAGAGGUCGUAGGGUGCAUCUCGUUCCAAAACUACUACACUCAUACCCUCACACUCAGGUACUGUAACCGGCUCUCUGAGCAGAUUUCAAAUUCGAAAUCCGACCGCCCAACUCAAAAGGAAUGGAGAACAGGAAUAGAGAGGGUUCAACUGAUGCCAAACUGCCACUGUGAACGAGGCAGCCAGAGCUUGGUUUUCCUAAAUAAAGCCCACUUCCUAGCCUCGCUGGAGAAUGUAAUUAGUCUCCGUCUCAUUCUGAGACAGCCGUCUCCAGAAUGGAACCAGUUUGGUAUCAGAGAUCUCAAAAUCUACUCUGUUGCUAAUCCGUUCCACCGGAAUGGAAAUACCGGAACCAGACCUACUUUCAUGUCGCCUGAUGGAAUGGAACAGGUACUACGGAAUGGACUGCAGACCAAUGGCGACAUGGAAUCAGGGCAAGACAUAAACAGACACCCUUAUGAUGUAGCAACACUCUCUUACACGUGAAAAAAAUAUUAUGAAAGUGCUUUAUGACAUGAGUAAAGUUGGCUCAUUUGAUUUUGAUGCUGUGUGAGACGUUGGCUCUGAUGCCAGAGGAUUCACCUCCGUAGCGAUGGAGCUCCUUCAUUACCUCACGCACCUGCACAGCACAACAAAAACCAAUAUAAUAGUUAGACGCUGAUUCGAGGUAACUACGCGCAGUAGAAAGCCGAGAGCCCCGGCAUUGUGGCGCC